CUAUAUAAAGAAAGAUUGGUGAGAGCACAUUUAACUUCAAAUAUUAGUACAUAUAGCUUCAUACUUGUAGUUUCCAAAUGGCCACUCGGAUUAUCUUAUGUGGUCUUCUAGCAUUAUCAUUAUCCAUUGCCUUAGCUACUGAUCAAAGUGCUCUUCAGGAUUUCUGUGUCGCAGACCAAUACAGCCAAGUUUUGGUGAAUGGUCUGGCCUGCAAGGAUCCGAAGAUGGCUGAAGCCAAUGAUUUCUUCUUUUCUGGACUUCACCUAGCGGGAAACACAUCAAAUGCAGUGGGGUCUAGGGUGACCCCGGUGACCGUAUCACAAAUGCCAGGACUGAACACUCUUGGCCUCUCCAUGGUGCGUGUAGACUAUGCACCGUGGGGCAUCAACCCUCCCCACACACACCCACGUGCCUCUGAAAUCUUGACAGUCUUGGAGGGCAGCCUUGAAGUUGGAUUUGUCACGUCGAACCCUGAAAACCGUCACAUCACGAAGGUGCUCCAGAAGGGUGAUGCCUUUGUCUUCCCCAUUGGACUCAUACACUACCAAAGAAAUGCAGGCUCUACAAAUGCCGUAGCUAUUGCAGCUCUAAGCAGCCAAAAUCCUGGAGUCGUCACAGUAGCCAAUGCUGUAUUUGGGUCUGUCCCGGAUAUUGCUAGUGAUGUUCUUAUGAAGGCUUUCCAAGUAGACAGGAAUGUGGUGACUUACUUGCAGUCCAAUUUUUAAACAAGUCGUUAUUGUUUAUAGUAACGCGAACAUCGAUCUGCUUGUCUCUUUGUUAUUGAUUAGAAAACUGAGUCCCAUCUGUUUUGGCAUUUAUCAAUUUAUUCUCGAAAGAUUGAUUAUUCUUUCAUUGUUGUGUGAUACACUCUAUAAAUUCCUGUAUUUAUUAU